UUUCUACCAUCUUCUUUCCUUCCAGUAACAGUAUGAAGAAGACCCAAGCACCACUUCCAGUUUCCAAGAUUGAUGAUAAACUUGAGCAAUACACUCAAGCCGUUGAGAUCUCCAGCAAAACUCCGAAGCCAGUGCGCCAACCUUCCAUUGACCUUCCUACCAAUAGUGCCGCAGUGGCCAGCAUAAAAAGCCUCUGGGAGACUGGUGAAAUGGCUCAGUCAUCUGCAAAAUCAAUGCCCUGCAAGGACAUUGUGGCUGGAGACAUUGUGAACAUAAGAAGCCUUUGGGAGCAAAAGGAGAACCCCCAAACAGAUGCAAAUUCUAAGGUCAAGAUUCCUGGCAAGAAAUAUAAGUAUGUGGCAACUGGACAUGGACAGUACAAAAGGGUGCCAAUAGAAGAUGGGGCGAGGGCAAAAUAGCUGUGCUGGUACCAAACUCACAGGUAAAGGUAGGCUGAUGUACUAAAUAGCAUUUGCAAAUUCUUUUUGCACAU